AUGUCAAUUUCUCAAGGUAAUGUACUAAACAAUAUCUCUUUAAAUAGCAAGCAAAAUCUGAGAUCAGUUCCUAAAAUUAGUUCAAAAGUAAAGGCUGUGAAAGAAAAAAGCUUCAAGGCGAUGUCCACCGAAACACAAGAACAUAAGCAAAGAGCUGGAUAUAUGCGUAAAGAUUUGCAAUUGAAAGAGUUUAGAAUUAAAGGCCAGACACAUUUCAAAAAUGACGAAUGCAAGAAAGUGAUUCAGGAACCGAAAGAGCAGUUACAAGCGCAAAAAAAGCCUGUCUCUAAUAUUCAUAAUGUAAAAGAAAGUUCAGAAAAAAAAUUUCAAAGGGCAUCAAAGGUUAGUUCACUUUUCAUUGGGAAGUUGAAACCGACCGUCACUGAGGAAAUGUUGAAGCAAACCUUCAAAAAGUACCAAUCUUUUGAAUCUGCUAAGUUAUGUCGCGAUUUUCUCACCAAGAAAUCGUUGGGAUAUGGAUAUUUAAACUUCAGAAAUGAAAAAGAUGCAGAUUCUGCAAGAAAAGAUUACAACUAUACAUUAUUCUUUGGCCAAGAAGUUAAAAUCAUGCCAUCAAUGAAAAAUACAUUAUUUAGGAAAAAUAUCGGAACAAACGUCUUUUUUUCAAACUUACCGCUAGAUAAUCCUCAACUGACGACAAGAUCAUUUUAUCUAAUAAUGAUUGAGUAUGGAAACGUACUUUCAUGUCUUCUAGAAAAGAGAAAGGACAUUGGAUUUGUUUAUUUUGACAACGAUAUUUCCGCAAGAAAUGUAAUUAAGAAAUUUAAUAAUCAAGAGUUUUUUGGAAAUAAAGUUAUAUGUGGGAUACAUUUCGAUAAAGAGGUAAGAAGUAGACCUGAAUUUACCAAAAGAAAAAGGAUGAUUGGUUCCGACAUUGUUAUAGAAGAUGAAUUGUCAAUUGGUAAAAAUUUGCCAGAUAAUGCUCCCUUAAAAACAAUACUUGUCAAGAAUUUACCGACGGAAACAACACAAGAAGAAGUGCUAGAUUUCUUUAGUGCCAGUGGUCCCGUCAAAUCUGUAUUUGUCUCUCGAAAACAAGGAAAUAAGUCACCUAAGGCAUUUGUUACAUAUAAAAAUGAAAAAGAUUCUAAAACGGCACAAAAAGAUUUGGACAAAACAGUCUUCAAAGGCCAAACUAUUUGGGUGGGCCCUGCCAAAGAUAGAUGUAUUCAUAAUAAAAAUGGGACGAGCAAGAAGACAAAGAUUUACUUGAAAAGUUUAAGCUUCAAUUGUAACAAGGAAUUUCUUUCCCAAGUUUGCAUACAAGAGAGAAUAAAAUAUAGCGAGAUUAAAAUCACAAACUAUAACUCAUCUAAUUGGACAUUUUCUGGAUACGUUGAAUGUGUUUCCAGUUGUGAGGCUGAGAAACUAUUUAAAAUCUUAGAUAGAAGACUCAUCGGAAGUAGCCUGGUUGAAGCAUCAUGGACAAGAAAUUAUGAUCAUGUGUUUGAUGAAAUUGGUUAUAAUGGUAAUGACGACAGUAAUAUCCCAGUUAACACUAGCUCUAUGAUGCGUUUUCAUUAUCCACAGCAGCAACCUUCUUACCAGAUGGGACUACCAUCACAGCUUCUAUCACAAAUCUCCCCGUUCCCAUCGUAUGCAAAUUCCUGUACGAACAUGAACUCUCUUGUAGCGACGCCAAUGAAACCUCAUCCUGCGUUUGACCUCACUUCAAGUAACAGUAACGAAAAAAUGCAACCUGUUAGAGAAUGUAAACAAGGAAAUGAAGAGAUAUUAGAGUCAUUAAAAAAAGUCAUAAAGAGAAAUCUACGGUACAUAAAUAUUUCCGGCUUGAGUAAAGGAGAAAACUUGCGCAGUAUUUCAGAAUUUAUUUUUGAAGUCUUUUGGGACCAUGAUUCUGGAAGGCUCGCUCACUUUUUAUUAUUAACAAAUACUUCACCCGAAUCACAGAAGAGCUUACAAAAACAAAUCAUUAAGGCUGCUGAAAGUCUUGGAUUUUCAAUUUAA